AUGUCCACCCUGGAACUCUGUGAAAAACUCUUCGACACGAAGGACAUCUAUAAAUUAUUUCAAGUAGAAAAAACUGCCACCGAAAAAGAAUUGAAGAAGGCCUAUUACAAAUUAUCACUGUUAGUACAUCCGGAUCGUGUACCCGAAGCCCAAAAGAAAGAUGCUACAGAAAAAUUUAAACUUCUAUCCAAACUGUAUCAAACUCUAACCGAUAAGGAUAAAAGAGCUCUGUACGAUGAACAGGGUAUCAUUGAUGAUGACGAUGAGAAUUUGGAAGGCAAAUUGAAUAAUUGGCUAGAGUUGUGGCAGAAAAUUUUCAAACCCAUUACCACAGAAGAUAUUAAUAAUUAUGAAAAAUCCUAUGUUGGUUCAGAUUUGGAAAAGACCGACAUCAAGAAGGCCUACUUAAAUGGCAAGGGUUGUAUUAAUUAUAUGAUGAAUUCAGUGCCAUUUAUGAAGGUGGAAGAUGAACCACGUAUACAGGAAAUUGUACGUAAAAUGAUCGAUGAUGGUGAGGUACCAGAAUAUAAAAUUUUCACCCAUGAACCGGAAUUGAAACGUAAGAAACGCCAUAAGAAAUAUGCCCGAGAAUCGAAGGAGGCCAAAGAAAUAUUGGCUAAAAUUGAGGCGAAAAAUAAAAAGAAAGCUGAAAAUGGCAGUGGUGGUGGUAGUUUGGAACAAGCUAUUAUGUGCCGGCAAAAAUCACGUGAAGAAGGUUUCAAUUCUCUUAUGGAUAAAUUAAUGGCCAAAUAUGGCAAUGAAGAUGAUGAUGAGGCUAUCGAUUUUAAUGCCCUGGGAAAGUCACGUGGCAAAAAGAAGUCAUCAAAAGGUACACCAAAUGGUAAAGAUAAAGUGGAUACAACACUACAUUCUGUGAAGAGUGGCAAGGUCAAGAAACGCAAGGAAUAA